UUCGGAUCGACUAAACCGACGAUGCCAGUGCCCAAGUGGGUACCGACGCCGAUCGACGCCACAAUGUGUGUGUGUGCGGGGCUGAUUUGCCUUGAACCAAGCGUAUGUGCUCCAGCUCUGGCACGGGCAAACAACAAUCAACUGCGCAUUCUUAUGGAAAUGAUGGGCCGUCAAAUGGAGGAACAAGAAAUGCAACGUGCCCAGCAAGAGCAGCAGCAACAGCAGAAAGUGGGGUUAAACUUUUUCGAUGGAUCUUUCGUACAAAAUUCUGAUUUGGAGACUGGAGUGGAAUCCUUGAAUGUUACCCAGGUUGAUAUGUUUAAUUAAAGUUUUCAAUAAAUUUA